UUGCACAUUUCUGUCCUGACUUGACUGGAAUACAGCAGUUAUAACUGUAGUCAGCUAUAGAGGAACUCGUCUCUGACACAGACGUACAUCAGUCACAAGUGGUUCGUCUAUAGCGGACACUGAGACAGUCAAGAUGAAGUUGCUGCUUGUUGUUGCUGCGGUUCUGGCUGUAUCCAGCUGUGCCAGCAUCUCUCUGGAAGAUCUGGAGUUUCACGCCUGGAAACUCAAGUUUGAUAAGUCAUAUGACUCUGAAUCAGAUGAGGCUCAAAGGAAGCAGAUCUGGCUCAACAACCGCAAACAUGUGCUAGUGCACAACAUCUUGGCAGACCAGGGUUUGAAGUCCUACCGCCUUGGGAUGACCCAAUUUGCUGAUAUGGAAAAUGAAGAGUACAAACGACUGGUUUCCCGGGGCUGCCUUCACUCUUUCAAUUCUUCUCUACCUCGCCGCGGCUCUACCUUCUUCCGACAACGUGAAGGUACUGAUCUACCCGACACUGUUGACUGGAGAGAUAAGGGAUAUGUCACCGAUGUCAAGAAUCAAAUGCAAUGUGGCUCCUGCUGGGCCUUCAGUGCAACUGGCUCACUGGAGGGUCAGCACUUCAGGAAAACAGGAAAGCUGGUGUCUCUGAGUAAGCAGCAGUUGGUCGACUGCUCUCAGAGCUUUGGCACCCAUGGCUGCAAUGGAGGCUGGAUGGACUAUGCCUUCAAGUACAUCCAAGAAAAUGGAGGGAUUGACACUGAGGAGUCCUACCCUUAUGAGGCUGAGGAUGGAGAUUGCCGUUACAACCCUAAAUCUACAGGUGCUACAUGCACUGGCUAUGUUGAUGUGCAACCAGCUAAUGAAGAAACCCUGAAAGAAGCUGUGGCUACCAUCGGACCAAUAUCAGUGGCCAUUGAUGCUUCUCGUCCGUCUUUUCUGCUCUAUGAAUCAGGACUUUAUGAUGAGCCCGACUGCAGCAGCACAAUGUUGACCCAUGGUGUGCUGGUUGUGGGUUAUGGUACUGAAAAUGGACAUGACUACUGGCUGGUCAAGAACAGCUUUGGUGUUGGAUGGGGGGAGAAAGGAUACAUUAAGAUGAGCAGGAACAAAUCCAACCAGUGUGGGAUUGCUAGUGCAGCAAGCUACCCUCUGGUCUGAAGAGGUGGGAAGAAACAUUAGAGUUUAAUGAAAUGACAUCAUAAAGACUGCAAAUACAUGAAAUAUAAAUAAAUAAAUAAACAAAUUGUUUCACAUUGACAUUUAAUAAAAGUAAUUGUGUUUAUUUCACUGUGUUGGUAGUGUAUGGCUUAAUAACCAAGAAGUGUUUUUUAGCAUUUAAACUUUGGUCUGUUGAUCAGUCCACUAUGCUCAGCACCAGUGGGAUUUCUAUUUUUUUUUUAUACUUCUGUGUUCCCCAAAGAAAAAAGUUGACUGGUGAUCCGUCCCUGGCUUUUCCUGUACAGCCACCAUGAGAAAUAUAAUGUAUUUGUUUUAUUUUGUAUUUGUGCCCUGUAAUAAAGCAGUAGCUUGCAAAAAG